AUAACCCAGCAGAUACAUGAGGAAAUUCCGGAGCUACAACAACAUGGAAAAUACGUGACACUCAUACAAACAACCCAGAUAUAAUCACAACACAGCAGACCUUUAAACAACACAGAUCUGAACAGAAACAGAAGUUUAUACCCGUGAGUUGGAAGGAGACGGAGCAAAGUGAAGUGAUGAACACCUCAGAGUUGGCGGUACAGCUGGAGGAAUGUCUGCGCCUGGCGGGGUCAAACAUCACUGAUGAGAACAAGGAGACGUUCGAUCAUUCCAAGGGCGAGCUCCCGGCUGAGCUGAGCACGCUCCUGCAGGAGGCCGUGGAGAUGAAGUGGCCGUUCGUGGAGGAGAAGUGGCAGUACAAGCGCUCUGUGACAUCAGAGGACAAAGUGAACACCACACAGCUGAUCGGCAAACAUCUGCCCCAACUGCUGGUUCUCCUCAGGGAGUCCAUCAGGGCCAGAGAACCCGGCUGGUCCAUGUCGGUGGUGUUUCUCCUGGAUCGUUUCUUCUACCUGGUGGACGGCUCUCACACGCUGCUGAAGAUCGCUAAAGCGCUACACAGGCGCUACCCAGAAACCCCGGUCGCGCCUCAGAUCGUCAUUCGGCAGGCCCGAGUUUACCUCAACGCCGGUAAACUGCAGAAAGCCGAGUUCAUACUGAGCAGUCUGAUCAACAACAGUGGAGCAACCGGAUGCUGGCAGUACCAGCGGGACAGCGAUCAGGUUCUGGUACAGGCGGUCAGCGUGCAGGUUCGAGGGCAGGUGCUGCAGAAACUAGGCUUGUGGCUGGAGGCAGCAGAACUCUUCUGGGCUUCACUGAUUGGUUUCCAUGUGCUUCCUCUUCCUGAUAAAAAGGGUAUUGGAACGUCUCUCGGCCUGCUGGCUAACACUCUGAUCUCGAUGACGGAUGAAGAUUUUGCUACGCUCCAGAAGACACGUCACGUUAACCUGGGGAUUCUGGGAGACUGCAGUCAUCGGCUGCUCUGCGCAGCUCAGGUUGCUAAGCUGGCGGCGGUGUACAGUCAGUACGGGUCUCUGUACGUUCUCACUCAUAUGGUGACACGAGGAACCUGCCUGCUGUCCUACAGCUUCUCCAAACACUGUCCCUCUGAGAGACAGAACGUCCACCUCAGCUCGGCCAAGGAGGCCUUCGAGAACGGCUUGCUGACCAAGAAAGACGAAGAGGUGGUGACCAGCCAUCAGGAACUGCAGACGCUGCUCAGAGCGGCGUACUGCCUAGCCGUGACCAACAAGUGGAUCUCCGGCCUAAGCGGAGAGGUCAGAGCGGCUCUUCAGGCCUGUCAGGAAGCCCUGGCGCUCCUGUAUCCCUACUGCUUCAGGGACGACUCGGAUAAGCCGGCGCUCUCCGCCGAGGUGAUGGCCAGGGUGCGGCGCGUGAAGACGCUUCUCGAAGUGAAGCUCUUCGCGAAUUCCGACCCGCGUUCGUUCAUCCCGGACAGUUACCGCAGCAUGGAGGACACACCCGUCCCGUUCACCAUCGCCGAUUUUGGGAAAGUAAUGCAGGGUUUCCAGAAGCACCACAGAUCCGUGUGCGAGGCUUUUUCGCUGGAGAAGAAUCCAGGAAGCGGUCAGGAUGCACGCCAUGCUAACUGCAUCACCGCCUUCCAAACGCGGACAGAAUCCCUCCCGACCAACUGUCCCACCAAAGACUGCAAGUCAGACAAAGUGGAUCCGGGAUCCAACGAGAUCCCUCAACAAGUGGCCACAGAUUCUCUCCUGGAAAGGUUUCAGAUGGAAACCUACGAUUCCGCGCUGGAUAGCGAGGAGCCGCCCGGGAAUCGAGGGUCGAGGAUCACUGGAGGUUCGAUUUCCGGAACGUCUCGGAGCGGCAGCAGUUUGGGAUCCUCCUGGCUGAACUGGUCCGGGAGCAGCUGGUCCUCUCACGUUAUGGUCAAUCCGGCCUGCUUUACAGAAGAGGAUGAUGCUAAUGCACAGGACGAACCUGCGCGAAACGCUGGAAAUGACUCCAACGGUGCUAACAGCGCUAGCGCUAACAAUCCAUCGAGUUCUGAUUUGUCAAAAAAUAGCCUAGCCGGGUCAGAAACCGUGAAUCGAUCGCUAAACCAUCAGAAAGAGUUCUGCACCACCUCGCUAAGUGAGGACGACUGCGGCGAAAGUAAAGCCGCCCACGUCGCUGAUGCUAGCAAUCAUACUAGCGAUGAUUUUUCCUUCCUAGCGAGCGCCAGCCCUCAAAAUAGCAUAGCCGGGUCAGAAACUGUGAAUAAAGAUGUACAGACUCAGGUUCAGACUGGACAUGAACUUUGCAGCACCUUGGAAAGUGAGAACAACCUUCCAGGAACCAACUACACCAAGACAAGAACUUCCUCAGGGUCUCUAAGCGGUAGUCUUGGUUCCUCCUGGCUAAGUAUCUCAUUUCCUAGGUCACCUCAAAGUAGCGAGCAGGCAGCGAACCAGAAAUGUGCGACGUUGGAGACCGACGACGGUCCCGACAGUCCCUUUGAGUACGUAGACGCCAAACCUUCAGCGUCGCCAACCGGAGCGCCAGGGUCCUCAGAAGAUCCCGAGAUGUCUUUCCUGAGCCGUGGCGUCUCGAGGGCUGCGCUAGCCGGCGCAAACGGGGCUGGAAAUCGACCCGCGUCGUUACCGUCCAGCGACUCGUUCGAACUGGUGCAGCCCGAGGAGACGCCAGGGAGGAGCAGAGGUAGCGUGAAGGUUCCUCAUCACGUCGGGACUGAAGAUGACGACUCCAGACCUCGUCAGAUGUCUUCAGCGGCGCCGCAGGAUCAAAAUCCGUCCAGCUCCUCCGGCGGGAAUGUUUGUAGUUGUUUUCAGGGUUGCAUCAUGGGAAGUGUAGUUCUGACGGAGCAGGACUACAAAAGUCUGUAUUCAGGAGUGUGCCAGGCCUGCCUGCUGAGGAGACUUCCCAGCAGACCCUUCCAACUCCGCCACCACGACCGAGCCUACAGUGCGCUGGUGCUAAAAUACUCCAAGAGUACGGACUCGUGGACGGGCUGUGAAACCAGCGUGUACGUGGGUGAAGUUCUGAACGUGGAUAUCAAAGGCAACCAGAGGAAGCCGUUCAGGGUUCAGUACCUGCACCAGGAGCUCCUGCUGGCCAGUUAUGUAGGGAAGGACUAUCUGAAGGAGAAGAAGAUCCACACACACCUGAGCGAUGUGGAGAGACAGAUGACGGCUCAGUUCUAUGUCAUGGAGUUCAACAAACGUCUUUAUGAGAACAACAUCACCACCCAGAUCUUCUACAUCCCCUCCGAGAUCCUGCUGCUCCUGGAGAGCGACUCCAUCGUGGCCUGUGUAUCGGUGGAGCCGUACAUGCUGGGAAAAUUCAUCAAACUCACCAACAACACAUCAAAAACCAACAAGCAGCACUCGACCACAGAGUUUGGCCUCGCCUUCGGCCACUUCACCUACAUGUUCUCCAAACAGCAGGAGGUGGUGGUGGACCUGCAAGGCUGGGUGUCGGGGAAUGGUAAAGGCCUGAUGUACCUCACUGACCCUCAGAUCCACACGCUCAGGAAACCCAGAUCUGCUAACAAUUUCCACCUGAGCGGCAUCACCAAGUUCCUGCAGGAUCAACACGGCGAGUGCAACUCCAUCUGCAGCGCCGCGGCGCUACACACGCUCACUACACGCUAACACGCCAACACGCCAACACUACUACACGUUUGAGAUGAGACCAGGGCUCUGUGUGGAGCGACUGGAGCUGAUUUGCACACAAAUAGCUACAGCUGUAGCCUAGUGGUAAAGGUACUGGACCAGUAAUCAUAAGGUUGCCGGUUCAAGCCUCACGCACUGCCAGGUUGCCACUGUUGGGCCCCUGAGCAAUGACUUAGAUUGUAUACUGUCAACAGUCUCUACUCUUCUGGAAAGGCUUGCCACAGUAUUUUAAACUGUGUCUGUGGGAAUUUGGUUAAAAGAGCAACACCGGCAGGUGAUAAAUAGUGGCUGCAGAUCGGACACGUCUCGGAGGGGACGUGUGAUGAUCCGGCUCUCCUCGAUUCACCUUGAGACACAAAUCUUUGGAGAAAUGGAUGGAGGGCGAGUAAUCAGAAGGUUGCCCGUUUAAGCCCCACGCACUUCCAGGUGGCCACUGUUGAGCCCUUGAGCAAAGCCCUUAACCCUCAGUUACUUAGAUUGUAUACUGUCACAGUACUGUAAGCGUCAGCUAAAUGCUGGAAAUGUAAAUAGUAUCGCUUUAGCUGAAGGAUAAGCGAGCGGAUUGUUUCGAUGGUUUUCCAGAAGCAGAAGCUUCACCGUGUUAUUUUGUCCGGUAUAAAACGGCACCGAGGUUCCGUCUGUGUCGUCAGAGCGAGCCUUGACCGUCCUAGUUCAGUACUUGAGUUCAUUUUGUGCCAGUGAUAUGAAUGAAUUAGAGAAUUAGAGUAACGACUGUGCAGAUCUGUCGAGCUGUCUUAACACUUUUGCAUCAGUGCUUCACUACACACUCCAGCUUUAGGCUUUUUUCACUGACGGUUCACAAGGAAUCUUUUAUAAACGUUUUGAUUUUGUCGUCCUUUCUUACAGUAUUGUGUUGAUGUGUUUAUAGAGCUUGCUGAAAGAGAAAGGGGACUUCCCCAAACUGUUGCGACAAUGUUACAUUUAUAUACGGCAACCUUAUUAUCACUACAUUUACAUUUACGGCAAUUAGCAGAUGCUUUGAUCUAAAGUAAAGUAUACUGUCUAAGCAAUUGCAUGUUAAGGGCCUUGCUUAAGGGCCCAACAGUGGCAACCUGGCAGUGGUGGGGCUUGAACCAGCGACCUUUUAAUUACUAGUUCAGUACCUUAACCACAAGGCUACAUCCUGUCCACUAGUCUAGUAUCUUAACCACUAAGCUUCCACUGUCUAAAUUAUUUACCUUAUAACAUUUUCAUACACCCGUUAGCAAUAAAUGUAAUUGUUAGAAGGCGUGUCCACAUACUUUUGGACAUGUAGUGUGUAUUUAACUCAUAUUUUUACAAUUCCAGUGGUUGUUAGUAUUUAUAACUGGAUGAAAUCGACCACUAGUCUGCUGGGUGGGAAAAGACAGGACUAAAAAGUGGGCGGGGUCUUCGACGCCGUGUAAGGACCCUGGUCACUAGCCCGAGGCGCCUGCACAGAAGUGGAGAGCAGCGAGUGACUCUCCAUGCGCUAGACCGACCUCAUGCGCCGAUCCACCGAAGUACGGGGG